AUGCUCACCAAGACCAACUACUCCGACUGGGCGCUGCUCAUGAAGGUCAAGCUCAGAGCCCGGUUGCUCUGGACCGCCAUUGAGAAAGGGGGCGUCGAACCCCAUGAAGACAUGCAGGCGCUCGACGCGCUCUGCAGCGCCGUGCCGCCGGAAAUGUGGCCGGUGAUCGCGGACAAGGAGACGGCAAAGGAGGCCUGGGAGGCUAUCGCCACCAUGCGGAUCGGCGAUGACCGCGUAAAGAAGACGUCGGCGACGUUCAAGGAGGGAGAGUCUGUUGAGGACUACGCGCUGCGUCUCAACAGCAUGGCGUCGACUCUCACCACCCUCGGCGACAAGGUCGAAGAGACGCAGGUAGUGGAGAAGAUAAUCCGCAGUGUUCCCCAGCGUUUCAGACAGAUCAUGGUCGCGAUCACGAUGCUGCUCGACGUGUCGACGCUCACCGUCGCGGAUUUGACGGGUCGACUCAAGGCGGCGGAGGAUGCCUUCGAGAAACCGCCGUCGGCUAUGCACCACGACGGCAAGCUGUACCUGACCGAGGAAGAGUGGGACGCACGGCGGAGGAAGCGUGAUGCUGAGAAAACUGGUGGUGGAGGUAGCAGCAGCGUGACGCACCGUGGCGGACAUGGGCCGGGGCGCGGGCGCGGCCGUGGCAGCGACAAGGGCUCGUCAUCAGGCGGCCUGACGGGCAACUCAGGCCGGCCCAGCGGUGAUGAGUGCAGGAGAUGCGGGAAGCUGGGCCACUGGGCCCGCGAGUGCCGCUCUAAGCCCAAGAAAGAGCAGGCCCACGUCGUCCAGGAUGAGGAGGAGGCCUCGCUCCUUCUCGUGAAGUCAACGACGGCCAUAUCGACGGCGCCGCCACCAACCUCCACUCCACCACGUUUUGCUGCGACUCCGCAGGCAGAGGAUCGGCUCCGGCGUGCAAGCCCACCGCCGCCGGGAGCAAAAGGGGUCCCCGUCAAUGGAGGGGCCGCCAAAGAAGAGAAGAAGCCAGGCGCCCAGACCCAGAUCCAUCUGCGGGAAGAGAAGGUGUUCGCCCACCUUGAAGAGGAGGAGCUGCGUGAUGAGGAGGCGUGGGUCGUGGACACGGGCGCCACGAACCACAUGUCGGGUUCCCGUACGGCUUUCACCGAGCUGGACACGGCGGUGCUUGGGACGGUGCGGUUCGGCGACGACUCGGUGGCGCGGAUCGAAGGCCGGGGGGCAAUCGUGUUCCUGUCCUUCGCGGGGGUGUAUUACAUUCCCCGACUGACGACGAACAUCGUCAGCGUCGGCCAACUCGAUGAGGCCGGGUACCAUAUCGACAUCGAGAAGGGGGCGAUGAAGGUCCAUCAGCCAGGCGGACGGCUCCUGGCGAAGGUGAUGCGCGGAAGAACCGGCUGUACAUUCUCCACGCCAAGCUGGUUCGGCCGGUGUGCCUGGAGGCGCGGGGAGUCGAAGAAGCUUGGAAAUGGCACGCGCGCCUCGGACAUGUCAACAUGGCCGCGCUGCGUAAGAUGGCUCGGGAGGAGCUGAUGCGCGGGUUGCCGGCAGUUGGUCAGGUGGACCAGCUGUGUGAGGCGUGUCUCGCUGGCAAGCAGAAGCGGUCGCCGUUCCCCGAGCAGGGAGAGUACCGGGCGCGGCGUGUUCUGGAGCUGGUGCACAGCGACCUCUGUGGUCCGAUUGCGCCGGAAACGCCAAACGGUAGCAAGUAUUUCCUGCUGCUCGUGGAUGAUCGAAGCCGGCACAUGUGGGUGGCCAUGCUGCCUUCAAAGGAACGUGCUGCAGUGGCCAUCAAGGAGAUCAAGGCUCGGGCAGAAGGCGAGUCAGGACUGAAGCUGGGAGCGCUCCGUACUGAUCGGGGCGGCGAAUUCACCUCACAUGAGUUCGCGGAGUACUGCGCGGGAGAAGGUAUUCAUCGUCAACACACGGCGCCAUACAGCCCGCAGCAGAAUGGCAUCGUCGAGCGCAGGAACGGCACGGUGGUAGCAACCGCGAGGAGCAUGCUCAAGGCAAAGGGACUGCCGGGCUGGUUUUGGGGUGAGGCAGUGGCAACUGCUGUAUACAUCCUGAACCGGCGGCGCACCAUCUGA